GAGGCCACAUCCGGCCCACGACCGAAAAGAAGGGCCUUUUUCAAGCGUACGCCAUUGCUGGCGUAUGGUAGUUUAUUUUAUUGAGGGAAAAAUCAAAAACCAUCCAAAAUGGUGAAUUUCACGGUAGACGAGAUUCGGGCGAUGAUGGACAAGAAGAGGAACAUCAGGAACAUGUCUGUGAUUGCCCACGUCGAUCACGGCAAGUCGACGCUAACCGACUCCUUGGUGUCGAAGGCUGGUAUCAUCGCGGGAGCGAGAGCCGGCGAAACUCGCUUCACCGAUACCAGGAAAGAUGAACAGGACAGAUGUAUCACCAUCAAGUCUACUGCUAUCUCUAUGUUCUUCGAACUUGAAGAGAAAGACUUGGUGUUCAUCACCAACCCCGACCAACGUGAGAAGAAUGAAAAGGGUUUCUUGAUCAACUUGAUUGACUCCCCCGGGCACGUUGACUUCUCUUCGGAAGUGACAGCCGCCCUCCGUGUAACUGACGGAGCUCUGGUCGUAGUAGACUGCGUCUCUGGUGUGUGCGUACAAACCGAGACCGUACUUCGUCAGGCCAUCGCCGAGCGUAUCAAGCCCAUCCUCUUCAUGAACAAGAUGGACCGCGCUCUACUCGAGCUGCAGUUGGAAGCUGAGGAGCUAUACCAGACCUUCCAGCGUAUUGUUGAAAAUGUGAACGUCAUCAUUGCCACCUACAAUGACGAUGGUGGUCCCAUGGGUGAGGUGCGUGUGGACCCCAGCAAGGGUUCCGUGGGCUUCGGCUCCGGUCUCCACGGCUGGGCGUUUACCCUGAAGCAGUUCUCCGAGAUGUACGCCGACAAGUUCAAGAUCGACCUUGUCAAGCUCAUGAACAGAUUGUGGGGAGAGAACUUCUUCAACCCCUCAACCAAGAAGUGGGCCAAGCAGAAGGACAGUGACAACAAGCGUUCGUUCUGCAUGUACGUGCUCGACCCCAUCUACAAGGUGUUCGACGCCAUCAUGAACUUCAAGAAGGAGGAGAUCGACUCCCUGCUCAAGAAACUCAACAUCACCAUUAAGCACGAGGACUCCGACAAGGACGGCAAGGCCCUUCUGAAGGUCGUCAUGCGCACGUGGCUGCCGGCCGGCGAAGCCCUGCUUCAGAUGAUUGCCAUCCAUCUACCCUCGCCCGUGGUCGCGCAGAAGUACCGUAUGGAGAUGCUGUACGAGGGACCUCACGACGAUGAGGCCGCUAUUGGCAUCAAGAGCUGCGACCCCGAAGCUCCCCUGAUGAUGUACGUGAGCAAGAUGGUGCCCACAUCCGACAAGGGACGUUUCUACGCUUUCGGCCGUGUAUUCUCAGGCAAGGUGGUGACUGGACAGAAGGCUCGCAUCAUGGGACCCAACUACCAGCCCGGCAAGAAGGAGGACCUGUACGAAAAGACCAUCCAGCGCACAAUCCUGAUGAUGGGUCGCUACGUGGAGGCCAUCGAGGACGUGCCGUCGGGCAAUAUCUGCGGGCUGGUCGGCGUCGACCAGUUCCUCGUCAAGACCGGCACCAUCACCACCUUCAAGAACGCCCACAACAUGAAGGUGAUGAAGUUCAGUGUAUCCCCCGUGGUGCGCGUGGCUGUGGAGCCUAAGAACCCCGCCGACCUGCCCAAGCUGGUAGAAGGCCUCAAGCGGUUGGCCAAGUCGGAUCCCAUGGUGCAGUGCAUCAACGAGGAGUCUGGCGAGCACAUCGUGGCUGGUGCUGGAGAGCUGCAUCUUGAGAUCUGUCUUAAGGACUUGGAAGAAGACCACGCGUGCAUUCCAAUCAAGAAAUCCGACCCCGUGGUGUCGUAUAGGGAGACAGUUAACGAGGAGUCCGACCAGAUGUGCCUUUCCAAGUCGCCCAACAAGCACAACCGUCUCUUCAUGAAGGCCCAGCCAUUGCCCGAGGGUCUGCCUGAGGACAUCGACGAGGGCCGCGUCAACCCCCGCGAUGACUUCAAGACCCGCGCGCGUUACCUGAACGACAAAUACAAGAUGGACGUGACCGAGGCGCGUAAGAUCUGGUGCUUCGGUCCCGAGGGCACCGGCCCCAACAUCCUGGUGGACUGCACGAAGGGAGUGCAGUACCUCAACGAGAUCAAGGACUCUGUCGUCGCCGGCUUCCAGUGGGCCGCGAAGGAGGGAGUCAUGGCAGAAGAGAACUUGCGAGGCGUCCGCUUCAACAUCUACGACGUCACGCUACACACGGACGCUAUCCACAGAGGAGGCGGUCAGAUCAUUCCAACGACGAGGAGAGUGUUGUACGCGUGUCUGUUGACCGCGCAGCCGCGUCUCAUGGAACCCGUCUACUUGUGCGAAAUCCAGUGCCCCGAAGUAGCUGUGGGCGGUAUCUACGGCGUGCUGAACAGGCGUCGUGGACACGUGUUCGAGGAGAGCCAAGUGGCCGGCACCCCCAUGUUCGUGGUGAAGGCGUACCUCCCCGUCAACGAGUCGUUUGGCUUCACCGCCGACCUGCGCUCCAACACCGGCGGGCAGGCCUUCCCUCAGUGCGUGUUCGACCACUGGCAGAUCCUGCCCGGAGACCCGUGCGAGGCCGGCUCCAAGCCCUACGUCGUCGUACAGGAGACGAGAAAAAGGAAAGGCUUGAAGGAGGGACUCCCCGACUUAACGCAAUACUUGGACAAAUUGUAAACGUCGUAGCUAAUGCAAUCCAUACUGUAAUAUGUGAAUAUUACGCGCGCCUCACGCACUAUAUUGUUUUUAUUUUGUAUAAUUACUCAACACACCGUGGAGCAUUAUGUUCGCCUUAAGUUUGUAAGUGCCCCAAGCUGAACACCAAUAAAUAAAAUAUUGCUGGCCGA